AAUACUGAUAACAUUAGAAAAAUCAGAAAAAAUGACAAAAAUCUUUGACUGAAUAAAAGCGGCCGGAAUAUCAAAGCGAAGCGCAUUAAAUAAUAGUAUAGAUGAACAGUAAUUACAUAGCCAAUGCAUUGGGCUAUCAUGGCCAGCCGUUGCAGAAGAUUUGGGACGAUGAGCGUGGUGUCGAGGACCUGCGUCGCAUGGGCCUCGCCCAGCCGAACGAGAGGGGGAUCAAUUACAGCGUCUACAUGGAGCGGCAAAAGUUCUUUACUUUUCAAGAGCGAGCCAAACGCCUGAAAAUGCAUCAAUUUUUCGCCCGUAAAGCCCCAUGUCUCUAUGACCGCGAAAUGGUUAGCCAAAUCAUGGAAGAUGCUGUUUUAGCUCAAGCCAAAGAUUGCCUGGUGCAGCAGCCACCGUAUGAAUACUUCUUGAAUUUACGCGGCGACAAACAUAAUGCCUGGGUCCGACGAAUGGAAUGUCUGAAACCGGGUGACAUUGUCUUCGCUUCAGUGGUUAAGGUAGCCUCCAAUCGCCUAAUGGUUAAACCAUUGUGCACCGACGAACCUUUGCACCAUUAUCUAUCCGAUAUUCCCAUUAAGGCUGUAAUUACGCAUGAUUAUUGGGGCGCUGUCCCAUUGGAUAAGUUUGGUGAAUUACGAAUUUUUAUUGCCAACGAUUUAAUACGUUGCGAAAUUUAUAAUAUAUCUGCGGAUGUGGAACGUCUUAAUUUGGGUAUGAUUCCCACCUAUAACAAGUCGCCCAACUUGAAGCUAGGACUAUGUGACUACAGUGAAUUACCCAAGUAUUACAGUAAUAUUCACGAUUCGGAUGGACAACAAACUACUGCUCCGUCUCACUAUGAAGAUGAAUUGAACUCGGCUCUAGAAUUUCAGAAUCCUAAUUAUGAUUUACUUUUUCAAUUGAAUGGACUGCAGCCUCAUGAGAAUCAUACGCUAAUGGAUUAUUUAAAAAAUGGCUUCCCGGAAGCCGAUUAUGCCAGUGAACUGCGUCAAAAGCAAGCUUCCCAAUGGGCAUUCCGCUCCGUGGCUGAUGGCAUUGAGCACUUUAAGAAUGGCCAACAGGUCGAGGCCUUUCAGUGCCUAAAUAAGGCAUUGAACAUUGAUCCGCGCAAUGUUGAGGGUUUAGUGGCCCGUGGUGCUCUCUACGCGAAUCGGCGCAGCUUCCUCAAGGGUCUGCAAGAUUUCGAAAAAGCUCUGGUGUUAAAUAAAUACCAUGUAAAUGCCCGUAAAUAUAUGGGAGAAACGCUGGUGGCACUUGGUCGGAGUCAUGAGGAGGAGAAUCGUUUGCCGGAAGCAAUGAAGGCCUAUUCCGAUUGCUUAAACAUAUUGCCGCAACAUGAGCAGGCUCGACAAUUGUUGGAUGCAUUGCAAAGGACAACAAUGGCUCCAUUAUCAACAUUCUCAUCAUCAAGUGGUGGUGGUCUUGCCGAUGUUAGUGGAAGUAUAAAGAACAGCGGCAGCAGCAACUUACAUUCAAGUGGCAAGAACAACAACAAUAAUGGCCACUCCUCGAAUGAAUCCAGUUCGUCGAGUGAAGACAGCGAUGAUCAGUUUGAAGAAGCUCCACCCCCACCACGAUGUCAGUUCAAUCAGCCCUUCUAUGCCACUGAUCAGAAUCGAUCAUCAUUUGAUGCCAAAAAGGCGAAUGAAUUUAAAUUGGAUGAGGAUGACACCAUGUCAAGUGUACGGAAAUUAAUUCGUGAUGCCAGCAAGCAUAAAAAAGCCAAAAAGAAGGACAAAAAGAAAAAAGAUCGAAAGGAUAAGAAAUCAAAAUCACAAUCAUACGAACGGGAUAAUCAAAAGGAUCAGGAGAUUAAUCCCCUUGAUAUGCUUAAAAAAAUUGAUUUCGGUGAGGCAUUCAGACUAAUGAGUGGAGCUACUAGUGAGGAUCAAUUAAAGGCCCAGCUGGAAAAGUAUUUUCAACAGAAACAUAGAGAAGAAUCUCCGCCGCCAGCAGCUCCCACAAUGCGAAAGCAUUCCUAUGAUCUGAUGGGACCGAGUACAUCGCGUGCAGCGGCAGCGGCCAAGGAACAAAAAGACCAACAGCAACAUCAUGCACCAGCACAGCCAAAGUUAUCCUUUCAAAUUAAAAAACGACCUCUGCAAAUGGACAAAUUUGGUCUGCUGCGUGUGGCAACACCGUUGGAAACGGAGCAGCAUCAUAAGUUGAGCCGAAGUAGAUCCCGCUCUCACAGUCGUGGCCGCAGAUCAAAGUCCAAAUCGCCCAGGCAUCGUGGCAGGUCAAAGUCUGCUUCGUUUAGACACAGGCGCCGAUCCCAAUCCACAUCGCCCAGGCAUAGUAGACGAGGAACUAAAUCGAGAUCACGAUGGCGUACACCAUCACCACGUUCGCGAUCAUCUAGCAGACCACGUUCACAUCGAAGUCGACGAUCACCUAGUCGUUCACGUUAUGGACACAGCAGCUACUCUCAGCACCGACGUUCGAAAUCUCGUUCAUUGGAGCAGCGACGUCGUCGCACACCUUCGCCAUUUGUGCCCCGUCGCACACCAUCUCCAUCCGAGCGUUAUAGACGCACACCGUCACGUUCACGAUAUCGACGUUCCCGAUCACCACAAUCCCGUUCCCAUUCUCGUUCCCGUAGCUACAGUCCGAGACGCCGUAGCUAUCAGCAUUAUGCCUCGCCCCCACCAAGUAGCUAUAGACCGCGUGGACGCGGCGGUGGAUUUGGACGUGGACGUGGUCGUUUUCGUUGGUAUUUGCUUGAUGCCCCUAUAACCCGUGCCAUACAGUCCCCACCGAAUGCAGCACGAAAAGCUUACAGUAGUCGCUCUCCAAGUCCCACAAAUAGCCGUAACAUUGAUGCUGGCCCAACUAUCGAGGAAGUUGAUGAAAUGAUCAAGGAAGCCCAGAAGGAACGCAAGCGGGACAUCAUCCAUAGCGAUAAGAAUAUAUUAAAGAAGACCGAGAAUACCAAUGCGAAAUUAAUAAACAAUGAAUGAAUCUAAUUCACUGACCUACUAUUAAAUGUUAUAAGUGUUCCCCGCCCCGCACCACCAUCUCCUUGAUAUAUAUAUAUAUGUAACUUGUCGAAUAAGAUUCCAGCUUGAAAUCCUAAAUAAAGAUUACGCUUUCGAAGCAUUUUCUACUUAA